UGUCAGUCAAAACUCCAUAUUUUUCUCCUUGGGAUUUUAUGUUUGUUAAUGUCGUCCUAUUCUUCAGCAUCUCGUUCCGGGGAACGUCAGCUUGCGAACACAGCUCAUGAGAAGUGAGCCAGCGGAAAUCGUAUAGUGGCAAACCGGGGAAACGCUACAAUUCAUGGUCCUCUCUCAGCCUCUUCGCAACCAGCAUCAGCAGAGAAGACAUUGGAUACGGACAACAACACUGACAGAUCUUGCCCGCAAUUCUGUUUGCUAUCAGUUAUGGGUGCAGUCUGAAAAAGUGGAUACAGUAGCGAUAUCACUAUUACCUCGCAGUUUUAUACUCAUGAAGGAGCUCCGUCCUGGUUGAGUUUGGGAGAUGGGAGUUCUUAACAUUGCAGACCAGCCUCCUCUGGUCCAGGCCAUCUUCAAUCGUAAUGCUGAAGAAGUCCAAAUAUUGUUGCACAAAAAGGAGGAUGUCAAUGCACUGGACCAGGAGCGCCGUACACCGCUACAUGCUGCUGCAUGUGUGGGGGACGUCCACAUAAUGGAUCUCCUCAUUGAAUCAGGGGCCAGUGUUAAUGCUAAAGACCAUGUGUGGCUGACCCCAUUGCACAGGGCCGCUGCCUCCCGGAAUGAAAGGGCAGUUGGUCUCCUGCUGCGACGCGGAGCGGAAGCCAACGCGCGGGACAAGUUCUGGCAGACGCCGCUGCACGUGGCGGCCGCCAACCGCGCCUCCCGCUGUGCGGAGACCCUUCUGAGCCAGCUGAGCAACCUGAACAUGGCGGACCGCACCGGCCGGAGCGCCUUGCACCACGCUGCUCAGAGUGGCUUCCAGGAGAUGGUGAAGCUCCUUCUGAACAAAGGAGCUAAUCUGAGUGUGAUCGACAAGAAGGAGAGACAGCCGAUCCAUUGUGCUGCCUACUUGGGUCACGUGGAGAUAGUGAAGCUGCUGGUGUCUCGCAGUGCUGACAAGAGUUGCAAGGACAAGCAGGGCUACACGCCCCUCCAUGCAGCGGCCGCCAGCGGACACCUCGAGAUCGUCAAGUAUCUGCUGAGGCUGGGAACGGAGAUUGAUGAGCCCAACAGCUUCGGCAACACGGCCUUGCACGUGGCUUGCUACAUGGGCCAGGAGGCUGUGGCCACGGAGCUGGUGAACCACGGGGCCAACGUCAACCAGCCCAACCGCAGCGGCUUCACCCCGCUGCACCUGGCCGCCGUCUCCACCAACGGCGCCCUCUGCCUGGAGCUGCUGGUCAACAACGGGGCCGACGUCAACCAGCAGAGUAAAGAAGGGAAGAGCCCUUUGCACAUGGCAGCCAUCCACGGACGCUUCACACGCUCUCAGAUCCUCAUCCAAAAUGGCGGGGAAAUCGAUUGUGUGGAUAAGUAUGGCAAUACCCCACUCCACGUCGCUGCUAAGUACGGCCAUGAACUCCUGAUCAGCACUCUGAUGACCAACGGAGCGGACACGGCCAGACGCGGGAUCCACGGAAUGUUCCCUCUGCAUCUUGCUGUGCUCUACGGGUUUUCAGACUGUUGUCGCAAGUUACUCUCCUCAGGUCAGCUGUAUAGUAUAGUGUCGUCUAUGAGUAAAGAGCAUGUGCUGUCGGCUGGUUUUGACAUAAACACCCCGGACAACUUCGGUCGGACCUGUCUACACGCUGCUGCAUCGGGAGGAAACGUUGAAUGUCUGAAUUUGCUAUUAAGUAGUGGUACUGACUUGAACAAGAGGGACAAAAUGGGAAGGACCCCGUUGCACUACGCGGCUGCUAAUGGGAGGUACCAGUGCACGGUGACCCUGGUGAGCGCUGGCGCCGAGGUCAACGAGCCGGACCAGACGGGCUGCACUCCCCUGCACUAUUCUGCUGCCUCACAAGCCUUCUGCAGAGUUGACCGUCAUUUUUCUGGGAGCCAUCAGGCUAAUGAGGAUGACGCGAAGGAGUCCUACUUCUGUCUGGAGCAUCUUUUGGACAACGGUGCUGAUCCCUCCAUGGUCAACUCAAAGGGUUACAGUGCGGUCCACUAUGCAGCUUACCAUGGCAACAAGCAGAACCUGGAGCUGCUUCUGGAGAUGUCCUUCAACGCACUGGGAGACAUAGAGAGCAGCAAUCCAGUCAGCCCCUUGCAUCUGGCUGCGGACCGGGGACACUGGCAGGCCCUGCGUGUCCUCACAGAGACGGCGGCCUACGUGGACGUGCAGGACGCGGCCGGGCGCUCGGUGCUCUACCUGGCCGCCCAGAAGGGCUACGUCCGCUGCGUGGAGGUCCUCCUGGCCCAAGGCGCCUCCUGCCUCCUGAACGACAACCGCCUAAUGUGGACGCCCAUCCACGUCGCAGCUGCCAACGGCCACACUGACUGCCUGCUCAUGAUGAUAGAGAACGGGGAGGACGGAGACCUCACCAAUGUCACCGACACGUUUGGCCAGAGCCCUCUCAUGCUGGCUGUCCUGGGCGGCCACAUCGACUGUGUGCGUCUCCUGCUGGAGAGGGGCGCCCUGCCGGACGCCAAGGACAAGAGGGGCAGCACGGCCCUGCACCGGGGGGCGGUGCUCGGCCGCGACGACUGCGUGACCGUCCUGCUGGAGCACAAGGCCUCGGCGCUGUGCCGGGACGUCCAGGGCAGCACGCCUCUGCACUACGCCGCGUCAAGGGGCUACACCGACAUCCUGGCCAGCCUGGCCCCCGGCGCCGUGGCCACCGACCCCCAGGACAAGCUGCUGGACAACAAACGCUACACCCCGUCACACUGGGCCGCCUACAAAGGGCAUGAAGACUGUUUGGAGGUUUUACUUGAACACAAAACAUUUAUCCACGAGGAGGGGAACCCGUUCACACCGCUGCACUGUGCUCUGAUGAACGGCCACUGUGGCGCUGCGGAGCGGCUGCUGGAGACGGCUGGGGUCCAUAUGAUCAACACCAGAGAUGCCAAAGGAAGGACCCCGCUCCACGCUGCGGCGUUUGCGGAGGAUGUGGCCGGCCUUCAGCUGGUGCUGCGCCAUGGAGCCCAGGUCAACGGCGUGGACGAAAGCGGACGCUCUGCCCUGAUGGUGGCCGCCGACAAGGGACAGAGCGGCACCGUGGCCAUUCUCCUGCACCGGGCCAAGGCUGACCUCACACUGCUGGACGAUAACGGGAACACUGCACUGCACCUGGCCUGCAGCAAGGCCCAUGAGAUGUGUGCCCUGCUGAUUCUGGGGGAAAUCCACAGCCCUGCACUCAUAAACGCCUCCAACAGCGCGCUGCAAAUGCCCCUCCACCUGGCGGCGCGCAACGGCCUGGCCACGGUGGUGCAAGCCCUGCUGAGUAGAGGAGCCACCGUUCUGGCUGUGGAUGAAGAAGGCCACACCCCAGCCCUAGCCUGUGCCCCCAACAAGGACGUGGCUGACUGCCUGGCUCUGAUCCUCUCUACCAUGAAGCCUUUCCCUCAACGGGACCCAUCCCCCUGCUCCUGCCCUCCCCCCACCGUGGCCCCGGCGCCGGGCCUCAACCUGCUGAAGCACUGCGGCAUCACGGCCGCCUGCGCCCCGCUGCCCAACGGCGGCCUCCACAACGGCUACGUCAAGGACCGCCACAGCGCGGCCGUCGGCCUGGACGGCUGUCUGACGGAGUGAAGGGCCCGCCGCCGCCGCCGCCGCCGCCGCCGCCGCCUCUCCCACUCCUCGCCGGCUGCUGUCCCCCACCGCCACCACCGGAGGGGGGGGGGGGGGGAAGACGCCCUUUAACGCGGCCCCAGAGGACCAGCAGGAGAGCACCCGCCCAUGUCUGUUCUAGAUGUAUGUACGUACGUACGUGUGUUUUUUGCGUGAACGUGUUUUAGGCGUGCGCGAGAGAAUGUGUUUGGUCUUCUCUUGAGGUGCAGUCAAAACCUAUUAUGCAAUUAGAUCCCAUUUCUCCAUCUCCUAGUAGUGCUCAAUUCCUAAAAGAAACAAAAGCGUCUGGUUGCUCUACAAGGUCACCCAAACGCGCGCGCACACACACGGAAGACUGGCGUCCACCGUGGACCCAGCGAUCUGGCCUCCUCCCCUCCCCCUGCUCAUUUAAACCCUUUAAAAUCAUGUUUGCGUAAUGAUGUAACUGACAGCUAAUAGCAUGGAGACCUCUGUAUCCUUGUGUCUCUCCAUAUCAUUCAGUAUUUAACAUCAUAUCACCCCUGCUAAGUACCCGUGACCUUGUAGAGGAAUGUACAGCCGUUCCAAAAUAACGAUCAAAGAGGGGUUUAUUUUUUAUUUUUUUGUGUUACAUUUUUAUGAAGGAACCAUAGAAGGGAAUUAUAUAAAUUCUGCUUAAGUGCAAUGCUAAUGUACCACAGUACAAUCCUAAAUUGGGGAAAGGGUCAAGUUAUUUCCGUUGUGUACUUUAAAUGUACGGCCUAGAAUUGGUUUUUUUGGUAUUUUAACAAACAACAAAAAAAUGAAAUUGGUAGCGCUGCUGAAUUGAUUAAUUGGCUCUCCUUCCAAAGGGGAGCCGAGACUAGGUUGGCAUAUUCAUCAACUCUUUCCUCAUGGCCAACUAUAUAUUUUGAAGAUGUUAAAUAAGUGUUUAAGCUAGAAUGUUUCUAAGCAUAUAAGUUAUGACCAAAGUUGAUCAACACUACUAUGGCUAUAAAUUAUUUAUUUGAGCUGAACUGUACUGUAUAGAGAAAGACAUUAGAUCUUGAUAUACCUCGUCCAACUCGUUUUAGCAGCUGCUUCAUCUUCAGCCAGGGUCCGUAGGUCUGCAGUCCUCCCGGCAGGACUAGAGUACUAUAUUGUAGGAUAGUGAUUUGACUGAGGCCUUGUUUAUUUCUGGAUGAAGGCUUUACUAGUAAUAUCUUGCCAGCAACACCUCAUCAAAAGCAUCGUAUCUCUGAGCACAUAAAUGAAAAAAAAAAAGCCAUUUCAAUUAUUUUAUUUUUUUUCCCCCAUCUCUUUUUAUGUCCGUUUCGUUUUUUGUUCUGGAGGAUUUCACGACUAGAACGGCCUACCUAUUGAACAGAGCGGCCGGGCGCGCUCCUCGUCGACGGUCACUCCUCUCUGUUUGUGUUGGGACGACGAUGCGCCCCCGCCGGUGUGUUGGUUUUGGCAAGCUAGCUUAUGAGAAAUGUUUCUCUUCCUUUCUCGCUUGUGAAGAAGUCUUAACCGUCUUAAUACCGUGCGUCUCGACUUCUCGAGGGUUGGCGCUGAAGUCGAGGACGGCCCGACUGAGUUUUUUUUCUGCCAUUUUGUUGUUCAGAUGUAGUUUCCAGCAAUGUUUUAGUUUUGGCCUUCUUUUAAGUUAUUGAAUAGACAAUCACUGUCACAAGGGCUUUUGUUUCCCCUUCUUUGGUUUUAUUCUUAAGACUCAACGAAUGGCUCUGUGUGCUGGGCAUUUUAAUGUCGGUGUCAACACAAAUGCACUGGAUUGGCUCUAUUGGCUCUCAUGAAAAUGCCUUUUUUGACCCAUGCCUUCCAUAACAAACCAUUUCAGUUGGGAAGGCUUCGUGACAUAGGUUGACGGCCCCAAGAUCUGAUUUGGAAUUGUACGUUUUUUUUAUUUAAAAGCCUACCAACAAUAUUGACCAGUUGGUUAACCACAUUAUCCAUUUUUCUUUUUUCCGAAAUAUGACUAAGCUUGGUACCUCCCUUUUUUUUGGUUUUGUUUUGCUUCCUUGUUGCGAAGAACCAGGAGGAAUUGAAAAUCAGUCCCUUUUCAAAGCAGAGGGCUAACUGGAACCACAAAGAGGGAACUAGAGAUGGCCAAUUAUGCUUUCGAAUUUCAAGGAUGGCGGAAAUCCAAAUAAUUGUGCUUUUAGUGUUCCCGUCGUUGUCGUUUCCUCCCAUUUAUUGUACUAAACAUACUAAAGAUGAUUGUAUUGGACCACUAUAGCUUUUCGUGUGACUUAAAUCUGUAUGUUGUAACUUAAUCAUUCUAGUGUUUUCCGUCAUUGGCCAAUGAUGUAAAAUGUCAGAUUCAAAAAAAAAAAAAGAAAAAAAAAAAAAAAAAAAGAUUGACAAGGAAAUUUCAUAUCAACUGUCAAGAAAUGGCACAAUUACCCUUAUUAGACACAAUUCUGGAGAAGGACCUAGAUUAGGCUAUGUUUUGCAAGAAACCCAACAUUCUUUGGGGACUAUUGUCAAGUUUGGCCAUUAACUCCAUUUCAAAGCAGGGAACUCCCGGAGUGUUUUAAAACUAGUUUAUUUCAGUUGUCUCCAUACCUGACUGAAAUGAAAUGGAACUAUUUGAUACCCAGGCUUUUUGUUUUGUUUUGUCUGUUAUUGGGUCGGUGCAUUUUUGUAGUCUCAGGAUUUGUGUUUAAGCACCAGGCAAAAUUUAUCAAAUCUGACAUUUCAACAAAGUUAAAAAAAACAAAACAAAAAAAAACAUACUUUUUAACCUUGAUCCAACAGCACUUAAAUAAGAUAGUCAAGCACGCACUUUAGUACUUUCAGGUUCUAAGUGUGCAAAUCAAGAGGAAGUAUGUACCCAUGUUUACAUGUGUGUUUCGCUGCCAGGAUGGAAUGGUUGCAAACAAAACGAGCAAAGCCUUCUAGUGAGGCCAAGGCUGCAUUAUUGAAGUCAAACCCAGUCAAUUAAGCACACGGGCAGAGCGUCCUGUGCCAAAAACACGUUCAACAAAGUCUCUAAAAUUGCACACCAAAAUCAUUAUUUUCCCAAGAUCUUAAAAAAUACAAAUAUAUUUGGUUUCUCAAUUCUAGCGUAGAUAUGAAUUCCAUUAAUAGGUGCUACUGUGAGGUCAGUUUGGGCUGGCAUUAUCCUCUCCUGAUGUCCUUAUUUGACCAGCAAAUUGAGCUAUUGCCCCCCACCCUGAAGAUACUCAAAUUGUAACUGAAUUUUUUUGUACUGUCUGUGUUCUUUCUCGUGGUUUAAUUUAAUUUGCAUCUACCAUUGGUGGGUGUGUACAUGUGCAUGGAGCUAACAAUUUAGAUGUAAAAAAAAAAAAGGAUCAAACAAAUGGAGCAUAUAAAGUAUAUCUGGAGUCAGACACAGAAAGCAAUGAAAGGUCCAAUUGUAGCAAUAGACCGUGUGUGUAAAAGUGUGCAGCACAAUUAUUGCACUGCCAUCCAUUUAGGCCAAUUCAGUAAAUCAUAGCAUAGAUGCCAAUGGAGGACUUCAAUGCGGGUUAGGUGUGUGAAUCUAUGGUCAGGAAUAUGGCCUAUGUGCCAAAUUUUGUUAAGAGGAACUCCUCUUAGUGAAGCAGCAAUGGAUUUAUGCAUAUGUUCAAGCAGUUUACAGUCUGACCUUCAAAUCUGAGCCAUGAAUUUACUGACUGAAAUGAAUGUAGGGUACAUUUUAGAGCAGGACAAUUCAACUUCUCCUGACUUUAAACUAUCGCUCUUCAUUUGUCUUGCAAAGAUGUAUCUAUACAGGUAGCAUGAUUAUAACCGAUUCUCUACAUAUUAGUUUUGUAUUAGUCUUCCUGCAACAAGGGUCGAGGGAUGGAUUGGCAUUUCUGUCGGAGGUUAGGCGAGUUGUAUUUACUCUUCUCUUUAUUUUUCUCUGCUGUCAGUGUGGAGCAUAACCUACUAGGUAGACGGAGAUGUAGAGAUCAGAUGGAUUUUAAAAGAAAUCAUGUUCAUCCAUUCCAUUGAGAUUGCCUUACGAUGCGUAAAACGAAACAAAAAUGAACCACAUUAGGGAACAUCACACAAACUUGUUAAUAGCCUAUAUUUGACAAAAUGCACCUAAGCUACACCCAUUUAGUGCCAUAGAAACCUUUAUUUGCCUUUAGACAUCAAUCAUAAUAACUGGGUCAGUAACUUCAACUAGUCUGGAUUUACAUUUUGUGUUUGGAGCAGCAUGUCCAUUUUGCCAGAUAUGAUAGUCCAUAUAUAGUGUUUUUUUAAACGAUCAUAGUCAGUAUAAAAUGUUUGCAUGGGGUAGUAGUUGAUGAAUGCAAGUGUUGUGUUCUGUCAGUAGAACAUCUAUUUUACAAUUGGACACCUGGAGGGAGAUAAUUGAUCCUUUUUGGUAUGGCGACGCAAUCUCGAGGUUUGUUUGUAUAACAUGAUUAUUUAUAAUGUGUUUUACAGGGGGAAAAUAUAUUGCGCUAGAUUUCUGCAUGAUGUGUGUUUAUAGGGUAGUGUGUGUGUAUAUGUAUAUAUAUGUGUGUAUGUAUAUAUAUAUAUAUAUAUAUAUAUAUAUAUAUAUAUAUAUAUAUAUAUAUAUAUAUAUAUAUAUAUAUAUAUAUAUAUAUAUAUAUAAAAAAAAAUUAGUUACUUGAAAUAAUUCUCAUAUAUGGCAAAUUUCCAUUUAUCUCUCCUUGAUCCACUGUUGAGCCUUUUGCCUUAAAAGCUGAGAAGGAAACAUCUGGCAGUAUCUAAUGAGUUGCAUCAAUUAUACAGUACUUUGUUGGCUUGCAAAAAAAAUAAUCACAAAUUUUGUUCUGAGUGUCGGGAAGCACACGAAUCAGUGGAGGGUAGCACAUACCUUAUGGUUGCCACGGUGCAGAGAUUGUUCUGAGAAGUAAGGAUAUUGCCAUAUUUGCCACUGUGAAUGAAUUAUUUAGAGAGAAAAAAAACAAUCAACUUUGGCGUGUCCCCGAUACAGAGCCAAAUAGCACUGGUGAGAUUAAAGUGGUGCCCUUCCAAAAAAACAACCUAUAGAGAACGAGACCCUUACGACACGUUUUUUCAACAAUGUGGCCAGACGGGAGUUUAAAUCUUGGUAUUCCUCCCGUGUUUUGGUUAGUACGACUUCUUGAACCAGCCUAUUCCGGAAAUGUAAUAAUGCUAGAUUGGUGUCAGCAGAUGUCUGAUGUUUCCUACCUGACUAAGGAGCAGUGAAAUGCACCUUGUACUUAUAUUGGACCUGCGCUUUUACCUCAUCAGUGAUCGUUUGUGUGAUGUAAUGACUUUUCUGUUUCGUCCUAAUGUAAUUAGACCUUUCUCGCAGCGAGUGUGUGAAUUGAAAUAUCUGCAUGUCGAUCCUAUACAUGCAAAAGUCCCCCAGUUUUCAGUCGAGUGAGAAAAAGGUGAGAGAAUCCUAUAAUUUCAAAGUCUCUCACAUGCCACACACAGUGUGUUGUGCACCUGUACAGUUCAGUCUGCGUGCAAGAUCAUGGUAGCCAUGUAACUUUACCUCUAAGAAUCAGAUCAGUCCAUUUUGACCUUUGUCCGCCUUCCCCCGUCUGGGCCCUCGAUGAUUCCCCUUCCCCACCAAUAGGAUCUGUGUGUGUGACGCAGCUCAGUGGUGUCAUGGUGCCUUUUCUUUGUUACUACCGAAAGGUACGGUCUUCCAUUUGUACUUCCGGGAAGCCUUAUAAAUGGGGGACGGGGAAAUUAGAAGGAACGUCCCAAGACAACUAUGGGUUCAUAUUUCCCUUGAAGUAACGGCUAUUAUUCUCAACAAUAAUUUGUUUGAAAACAGGAAAAGAAGGGUUUUGUUUUGGAGCGGGAGGUUUGAGAAGAAGUCUGUUGCCGCCGUCAUUGUCCAAACUUCUUCUUUGUCCCCGGUGGCGUAACGCUGCCUCGGGCGGUAGAGCCGUGCAUUAUUUCUUCUAAUGUGAUUCUGGGCACACCAAACAUUGAUGACUGGGGAAACGGUAGAUUAUGAAAGCACAAAUCCAAAGAUGGCACCACAAGGCUAAAGUAGCUCUCCCCGCUCCAUCUUGAGGUAGAGAGCCUAAGGAAUGUCUCGGACAUUGAUUGGAAGACAAGAAUCCUAUUUUCUUUUUCCGGAGUGCAGAGGACGUGAGGAGGGAUGGAUUGAUUGUCAGGAACACGUGAACUGUAGAACAAGGAGAGGAAGAAGAGAAAAAAAUAGACAAGACGUCUCAAAUUCAGGGGCGUAUGAAUCCAGAUUGUUCCUCUCAAACUCUUUGUUCGUAAACCAAUAUAUAUAUAUAAAUAUACUUUCACAACUUUUCUAAGAGUGCAAGUUGUGAGGUGCAAGCAUACAAGAUGGUUAUUUUUACGUUAAAGGCAAACUUGUUUGUUGUGACUGUUGCAAAUUGAUUGUGGAGAUUGUUUUGUGUUUAUUAGGGUAGGCUGAUUUUACAAGUAGGGUUGCAGUAGUAGCUGUGUGCAGUGUUAAUAACCGUGUGAUCAUUCUAUAGAAGUGGUGUAACAUUUGUUGUCUUUUAUGGCAUUAUGGCAUGAAUUAUCUUAUCACGCUGACCUCGUUUGAAAUAACAAAAGAUAUAAGUGCAAUAACCUUUUGUUUAUCAUUGCUUCCUCGGUUGAUACAAAAAAAUAUUAUUAUGCCCUUUUUGUUAACACCAAAAGUCCCUCUUCUGCUGCGAAUGAAGGAUUUGAGCAGUCCUCUCGUUUGUGUUCAGAUGAGUGGCGUUUGAUAGAGGAGUGUGUGAUAUUACAUUCUGAAAACUGUGAUCAAUAUUCAAAUUUAUUAGCUGCCUGCUGAGAGGAGGGAUUGUGCACAAGUUAACGGAGGGGUUUCCAGGAGGGGCAGGCAUUUAAACUUUAAGUUGUCCUCAUGGAUGGGUUUAGAAGGGCUUCUCCUUCAGAUACAGGCCUCUAUCCUCGAGGCUCGGUUUUUAGCUAAUAAACAUGUUCAUUUGCAUGUGUAUAUGUAUAUGCAUCCCCCUUCUCCUUGAAUGAAACUUUUUUUUUUCUCGAACUAUUUAGACCUGCUGUCAGUGACGUAUGCGGAUAAAAGGAGCUAUGAAAUGCCUUAUAAUAUAUUUGUUAUCGAUGUUGAGCAUUUAGGGUCCCCAACGUGUCGCUCCCUUUUCUGUAGACUAAACGCUUGUAAAGUUACCGAGUUCAUUAGAUUUCUAUCUACUGUAUAGCCUACGUGUUCUCAGAACUUGUUACUUGGAGGUCAUGUGAUUGUGGUUUUUAGAGUAACAUUCCCCUUAAAAAGUGCCGUUUGUUUUCACCAGCAAAGGAUGUGUCUGGAAUUUAAAAAAAUAUAAAACACGAAAAAAAAAAAAAGAAGGAACGUGUGAGAAUGGGAAAGACAGAAAAGACGAGACAGAAAAUACGUUCCAAACCCUUUUUUAAAGAUGACACGGUCUUUAUGCAGGUGAACCACGGCAGCACUCUUCUGACGGAGCACCUUACAGACUUGGCAGUCUGACACUAGGCGUGGUCACUCUGAAGCAGAGCCAUAUCAAAGUAUUCCCAGUAGAAGCCUCCUCUUCCCAGCCCACCCUCCCCCCAUGAAUGUGCUAUUAGGAAUAGCCUACCGUAGGAAAGGAUGUAUACUGCAUGUUUUGUAAAAUUUUGUUAAUGUGCUAUUCCCUCCCCCUACAUUGAUUCUCCUCAGACCCCUUCAGUGGACAUACAGCCCCUAUAGUAGGAUCCUUUAGCAAGUUAUCGAUUUACAACUGGACUGAAACAGGCACUGAUCUCAGACUGCCUUACUUUGUUGUGGACUUCGACAAAAAAAAAGGAACGAGGAGGAUGACGUGAUCAAGGGUUGUUCCUUUAGUGGCUUAUCUGGGACAUACCAAGGAGCCAUCGUCUGGCCUAUGAGGAGUUAACAAUCCAAUGUUCUUACAGUGCACCUUCACUCAACAGAAACCCAACCAAACAGGAGAUCCCUCCUCCCACCCGACAUUCCAAAGUCCCCCUCCUCCCCGCCCCCCAGAACCCCCAGCCUGUUGAUUAAUGAUGUCUCUGUGUUGUCUCGCUGGUGUACCGGGUGGGAAUUUGUUGUCAAUGACAGGGUUUUCCUAUUUAGUCUCAGAAUUACCUCACCUACUGAUCUGCAAACCUGCUCUUCUACUGUGUACAAAGGAGUCAACAAGUGCAUGCCCAUGGACAUUAAUAACCCGGUGUACUGGGCGUAAGUAGCGUAUCGCAAUAAAUCGAUGGACUCUAUUAGAGGCACUCUGGUAUUUUGACAAGGGCAAGGCCGGAACGCCUGGCGGUCUGUUAGAACAGCCAGACGCGCCGGAGGGAGGGUUUGGGUGUCGAUGUUGCUUGUGUCGUUUAAGUCAGGUUUGCUGUUGUAUUUUUAAUGGGUGCAAAACACUUAGAAGCCAGCCUUUGGACAGACAACACACUUUGAGCAAGCUGUUUUUUUUUUUUUUUUGUAUAUACAAACCUUUGCUCAGGCACAACAUCCGUUGUUUGGAUUUGGGUUCCAAUCCAGUGGGCUGCUACGUUGAGUACUAAACACUUUUACAACUGCUUUGUGCUUUCCUAGUUCUCACCUUCAUCUCUCUCUGAGUCGAUACUUGUGUUUUUGUUGAAUCCCAUGCUAUUUGACGCAACAAGCAGGUCCCACCUAUUUAUUUUUUCUCUAACAUCUGUAUACAUGCACUGAAUAUUAAGAGUCUGGUUCCCAUGUUGCGGUUCUGGUCUGGGGUUACCGAGGUCAUGCCAUGGCGUUUACAUCACCACUGGUCUAAGCCCAGUGGUGCCCAAGGGAGACUGUAAACGUGCGGUUAUUAAUGUCCAUGGAAACGUGCUCAACGUCAUCGCCAGCGGCACGCGCUCUAGACUUGUGACGACAACAGGACCAAUGAGUUUACUCUCGUUUGAAUCGAUCCGUUUAUUGAUAUAGGAAUAUAGGCUCAAAGACGUGGUUUAAACUUUAAAUUGAUUCAGAGAUCAAAUGCACCUUGUGAGACUUCUUGAAACGGCGAAGGGCCGUUCCUUCAUGACGAAUGCAAAUAUCUGUGGACCUUGAUGUUUCACCUUAAUGCCCGCAUUAGCCAGACCUCCAUGUUCCACACAACAGCUUCAAUAACAGGGUGAAAGUGUUCAUAUUUAAUUUCAUUGUCUUCAUCAGUGAACGUUUUUUGCUUCUAUAAAGUGGACCGAGAUCUGCCAUUGUGGCCCCUGACCGUUUCUCUUGGGCCCCCACUGGGGCCCGGAGCGAGACGGCAUCGUCCUCCCGGGGAUCGGUCGUGUCGGCAUCACUCGCUGUUUUCAGUAGCAUCUCUCCUACCUCCAUGUUUUCCAGCCUUGAGUAAUGUCUGUCUCUCGCCUAUUUGAAACCUAUACUUUUCUCAGUACAAGAGUACCGUUUAUCCUAAGCAAUGAUGGUUAUACAUAAUGAGGUGCGCUUGAUUGUGCUGUAUGUGUAUAUGUCUACUUGACGUGAAGAUUUUAUUUAUGAGAAGCAUUUAUACAACGACAAAAAAAACAACCACUGGAAUGUGAAGCCAGAUAAUGUUAUGAUGCAGAUUACCAUGGUCGUCUUACCCCUUUAACGUCCCCCCAUGCAUGGCCACCAGGAGUCCUUUGUGACACAAACAUCCAUACAUUGGCAUUUUUAAAAUGACAAGCUUUUUGUUUCUUCCUUUUGAACCUAUUUUCCUGUUUAGCCCUAUAGUGCAUUUCAAUGUUUACAGCUUGACGUCUUCUGGGUCAGCCUUUGUCCCAAAGCCGGACUGGCUCCUACAUGCAAUGAAUAUGAUUUGACGUGGAUCUGUCGUUCUGUGCGAGGGUGAGUUUUGAGCGCCUCCAAGUGGAACGCUUUCAAAACUCGCCUCACUACUCCAAACCAAAUCCUGCUACAUAAAGUCCAUCUGUCUCUACACUGCCCUCAUAUAUUCACAUCUGAUUUGAUCACAAAGGGGUACAGGAUAGGUGAAUGGUUUGAGGUUUUCUAAACACCCACACCCCCCUCCCAUACCCCUCCCAUCCCCCCAACUGGGACAGGACCAGCCUCCCAUCCACCGUCUAAUCCGAACCUCAAGCCAUUCAGUCCUUUUUUUUUUCUUUUUCGAUAAUGCAAUCCUGAAAGCACUUUGCCUUGUUAUUCCUUUGUGUGAACAUGUGAAUGAUAAUUUGUUACAAAAAUGUUAAAUAUGUAUAAGAUCAUUCACUGUUUUGGAAAAACCUGCAUCUGUCUUUCUGACGUUAAAAGAAAACAAAAGAGAACUUAGUGACAUUAAACCUGAAUCUAUUUUAUAAAAUGUUUGCUGCAGCCAAUUGGUCUUGUCAUUCAGUAUUGUGGCUUAGGGUUGUUUGUGUUCAAUAAAGUGCUAUUGCUAAAUA